AUGGGUCCACACUCCCUCUGCAAGCAGGACUCUCUGGGUAAAGUCAACUUUAGAAGCGGCGGCGCCUGCCUCACAACUUCCCCUCCCGCUGCGCAUGCGGCGGGCUGGGAGAACAGCGCGCUUCAGUGGGAGAACGCGGGCGUCGAGUCGUCCUAUCGGCUCAGGAGCGCGUUUCCUCUGGGGGGCUCCACUGGGAGCGCACAAAGUCCUGACUGGUACCUGGUGCGGGUGGAGAUGACGGUCUCGGACGUGAACGACAACGUGCCAGAGUGGAGCAUGGUGCCCGUGCCGUACCUGGCGGUGGUGUCCCCGGACGCGGUCCCAGGCUCCCUGGUCUACCAGCUCCUGGCUCGAGACGAUGACGGCGGGGACAACGGAGAGGUGGAGUUCUUCCUCUCAGACGGCGGCGACGGGCGCCUGGAGGUGGACCGUAAGAGCGGCCAGGUGCGGACCACCGGGCUGCCCUUGCAGCGGGACCGGGAGUACCUGCUGACGGUGGUGGCUGCGGACCGCCUGGGCAGCCGCAGUGCCCCGGCCACCGUCUCGGUGGUGGCGGGACCCCGGCCCCCGCAGUUCUCCAACGCCUCCUUCACCAUCGCCAUACCCGAGAACACCCCCGAGGGCCAGCCGUUCCUUACCACGCCGGCCCUUUCCUUCCAGAAGGAGCCCAUCAGCUACAGCCUGCUGAUCAACCCCAGCAGCCUGUUCUCCAUCUCGGCGGAGAGCGGGGAGAUCAGCCUGACGCGCUCCAUCGACUACGAGGGCGACCAGCACCGCUACUUGCUGCUGGUCAGGGCCAACGAGGGCGUGGACAGCCUGAGCAGCGCCGCCGAGUUUGCCUCCUACCCCGCCGCUGAGCAGAGGUGUCGUAUAUUUCAGAUUUUUGUCGAGUGGAGGCACUGCGGGCGUGACUUUCAUUUGCAGGUGGCUUCCCGAGUGCUCCCCCUGUGGGACUGA